AUGGCUCGAUUACAAUCCCUUCGACCUCUACUUCGAGUAUCAGCUCUACAAAAGAGCGGCGUGGUAGUAUCCAAGAGGGGCAUGGCAAGCAAAUUCGCUAAAUUCGAUUGGGAGGAUCCACUUGAUAUGAAAUCGCUUCUGACAGAUGAAGAACAACAGAUAUCUGAAACAGCUAGAGAUUACUGCCAAGAAAACCUCUUACCCCGAGUGAUCAAUGCCUAUCGAAAUGAAGAUUUCGAUCCCAAAAUCCUUCGUGAGAUGGGUGAAUUAGGAUUAUUGGGAGCUACUAUAGAUGGAUAUGGUUGCGCGGGGGUGUCGAGCGUUUCUUAUGGACUGAUAGCGAGAGAGGUAGAAAGGGUCGAUUCAGGUUAUAGAUCGGCUAUGAGUGUACAAUCAUCUUUGGUGAUGCACCCGAUCAAUGAAUUCGGAUCGGAAGAGCAAAAAGAGAAAUAUCUACCUAAACUAGCAAAGGGAGAAUUGAUCGGUUGUUUCGGUCUCACUGAACCCAAUCAUGGAUCCGAUCCAUCUUCUAUGGAAACUACCGCUACCAAGACCUCAGAAGGUUGGACGUUGAACGGAAGUAAGACUUGGAUAUCCAACGCUCCUGUUGCGGAUCUGUUUGUGGUCUGGGCGAGAGUGGUGGAAGAUGGUGAGAAAGGGAAAGUAAAAGGGUUCUUGAUUGAGAAGGAUAGACCCGGUCUAUCAGCUCCAGCCAUUAAGAACAAACUUGCUCUCCGAGCAUCAAUUACCGGAUCCGUAUUUAUGGAUAACGUCAAGAUUCCUUCCGAUGCUAUCUUACCCAAAUCCAGUGGACUGGGAUCACCAUUCAGUUGUUUGAAUAAUGCUAGGUACGGGAUCAGUUGGGGUGUAAUGGGGGCUUUGGAAGAUUGCAUUUCUAGAUCAAGAGAAUAUGCUUUGGAAAGAAAUCAAUUCAACCGACCUCUCGCAUCUUUCCAACUGGUCCAAAAGAAACUUGCCGAUGCGUCGACAGCUAGUACCUUGGGACUACUAGGAUCUUUGCAACUGGGUAGAUUGAAGGAUAAGGGAUUAUGGGCACCUGACAUGGUAUCGAUGAUGAAGAGGAACAAUUGUGGAGAGGCACUGAAACAUUCUAGAGUCUUGUUGGAUAUUCUAGGUGGAAAUGCUUGUUCGGAUGAAUAUCAUAUUGGAAGACAUGUACAGAAUCUACAGGUAGCAAAUACUUAUGAAGGUACACAUGAUAUCCAUGCUCUCAUUUUAGGUAAAGCCAUCACAGGUGUUCAGGCAUUUGCCAACUAG